AUGGCUCCACACAAGGCUGAUACAAUCUUAGGCCUACUGCUUGAUGUCUCUUUUUGUCAUUCUGUGGUGAUGUGUAAGAUACACACUUGUGAUUCUAAACUGGCCAGUAAGAGACGGCUAGUGAGUGCAGAAAACAGCCAUACGAAGGGUCUGGCUCCACCCCUUUUCACCAAGCCCCUCCAAGACUGCAUGGUGGAUGAAGGAAAUGACAUCAUAUUGAAGGGGGUUAUCACGGGAAGUCAGCCAAUCAGUGUUUCCUGGCUUCAUAAUGGUGAGGCUGUGCGGUUUGGUGAAUCCUCUUUUAAGGGAGGAGAUGUGAGUCUGGUUGUUAAGGAGUGCCUACCGGAGGAUGCCGGGGCUUACACCUGUGUAGCUGAAAACACAGCGGGGAAAACAUCAAGCAGUGCAGCAGUGUGUGUGAGAGACUAUGAAACAAUUAUUGGGGUCCACAGCAACAUUAGACACACGUCUAACUCUCAGUCAUCUCAUCCUCACACACCCGAAGUGGUGUACGGGGUCUUAAACUCCCCUCAGAACGUUCCGGAUGAUAUCAGCGUUUUUAAAGGGCCACAGUCUCCCCAGACACCCCACACAGGAAGUCCAAUGACAAGCUCUCCAGCACACAAGAAAGGGGUGCUAGUGAAAAGAAGAAGCAGCUCCGGAACAGCCCCACCCCUACAGUUGGUAUCUCCAUCAGAUAGUUUGGAGGUCCGUGUUGGAGACACGGCCCGAUUGUCUUGUGUGUUCAAAGGCAGUUCUCCUGUAGUGUCUUGCUGGAUGCGAAACAAAGAGGAAAUUGUAGAAGGCUCCAGGUUUCAUAUAGAGAACUGUGAUGAGAGCAGCUCUCUGGUGAUCUCUGAAGUUGUACCUGAGGACUCUGGGCGUUAUACGAUAUUUGCACGGGAUCGCAAGAGCUCUGCUCAACAUACAGUGACACUGUGUGUCAUUGAUCGGCCCCAGCCUCCUGCUUCAUGUCCUGUGCCCUGCGUUCUCUCGCCUCUCUCUCUGGUGUUGUCUUGGUCUGGUCCUUCUUACGAUGGUGGCACUGCUGUGACAGGUUACGUGGUGGAGGUUUGUGAAAGCUCUGCUGAGAACAGCCACUGGAGAGAGCUCACCACUCAGUGCAAGAGCACCUCGCUCAGAGUGAGCUCAGGCCUGCAACCACAGAGAGACUACAGCUUCCGGGUCAGGGCCUGUAACGCUGUCGGGGUCAGUGAACCAAGUCAAGAAUCCCAGCCAAUCAGGAUGGAGAACCAAGGAGAAUCCACCGAAGAUACACCAGUGGAGUAUGUGAAUGUGAUCAUCGAUACCGAACAUAAAGUUACUGAUCACUAUAUUGUCCAGGAGAAACUGGGAGUAGGGAAGUUCAGCCAAGUCUUUCGGGUGACCCAUAAGGAGACGGGUCGUGUAUGUGCUGGAAAGUUCUAUAAGGGACGUCGAGCAAAGGAGAGAGAGGCUGCAAGGAAAGAAAUCGAGCUCAUGAAUUUCUUAAACCAUCCUAAACUGGUCCAAUGUCUGGCUGCAUAUGACAACAAGCCUGAGAUGGUCAUGGUGAUGGAGUACGUUGCUGGGGGUGAGCUGUUUGAGCGUAUUGUAGAUGAUAGUUUUGACCACACCGAGGUUUCCAGUAUGGGUUACAUGCGUCAGAUUCUUGAGGGAGUUCAGUACAUGCACCAGCAAAACAUCGUCCAUCUGGACCUUAAACCUGAGAACAUUGUCUGUGUGGACAGAACUGGGAUUCAGAUCAAAAUCAUUGACUUUGGUUUAGCCAGCAAAUUAGAUCCCUCCACACCUCUGAAGGUGAUGCACGGCACUCCAGAAUUUGUUGCUCCAGAGGUCAUCAGCUUUGAGCCUGUCGGUUUGUCCACUGACAUGUGGAGCAUCGGGGUCAUCUGCUACAUCCUGCUGAGCGGUGAAUCCCCAUUUCAGGGUGAAAGUGACAUAGAGACUCUGUCUCUUGUGACAGCAGCACAGUGGGAGUUUGAUGAGGAGAGCUUUGAAGAGAUCACUGACCUGGCAAAGGAUUUCAUUAGCUCUCUCCUCAGUAAAGAUGUCAGACGUAGGAUGUCAUGUGAAGAUGCUUUGGCCCAUGCCUGGAUGGCGUAUGUGUGUGUAGACAACACCAACAGUACCACCAAAAACCUCUCCAAAGAUAAAAUGAAGAAAUUCCUGACCAGGCAGAAGUGGAAGAAAACAGGCAAAGCUUUGCUGGCUCUGAACAGGAUGGCUAUACUGUCCAAACCAGAGGGUUCUGCAUGCCUGAGCCCUGUAGAUGAGACAGAGCAAGCAUUGCAGUCUCUGGAACUGAAGCUUCAAUGUAAACCCGAGUUUACUCAGACUCCAUGUGACCUGACUGUCCCACAGGGCUCCAGUGCCAAACUCUCUUGUCUCAUUACAGGUUACCCUGAUCCUGAUGUGGUGUGGUUGAGGGAUGGUGAGCUGCUGGAUUUGCAGGAGGGGUGUAUAACAGUGGAUUACGAGGAGAACGGCAUCUGUACGCUUACCCUCGAGCGUGUUUCAUUACACCACAGCGGUCUGUACUCAUGCAGAGCCACUAAUGUACAUGGAGAGGCGCUGUGCUCCUCAACCCUUACUGUAGUGGAGAAUGAUGGGCCUGUGGAUUCAUAAUGAUAAAAACGAUUAUCAGAUUAAUAAUGUAUUUAUGUGUUUUAUUACACAAGAUAUGUAUAAACAACACACACACAUAAAUAAACACAGCAGAUACAUUGAAAUUAAUGCAGUCAAUGCUCAUAUUAUUGUGGAAUAAAAUCAUUUCAAAUCAA